UUGUUAGCUUGUUUGGAAAAAAAAAACGCUGUAUGAAAAGCGAUUGAAGAAAAAAUAUGGCUCUUGAUUCUCUAACAAGACAGACGGAGUGACUAAGGAGAAACAAAAAAAAGAGGGCACGGCUGAGGGCAGACCAUUCUAUUGGAUGGAUGGUGGAGGUGUGUCCUUAUGAACCAAUCAAGUUUGGGGUGUUCCAGUUGCGUGUCGUGGUAUCGAUACUAAUGUGUUCUUUCGUUUAAUGAAACAUAUUUAAGAAUGUGUCGUCUCUCCUUUAACAGAUCUAGUAACGUACAAAGCGGUUGAUACAUUUUCUCUUAGCCAAAAAUAUUUUUUUUUGGCUUUAACUAAAAGAAAACACAAAAAGUAAGCAUAAAUUAUAAUUCUAUAACCGACUGGUUUGUAGGCGGAAGUGUUUCGAUUUUCUGUGUUUGGAGUUUAAGUGCGCGCUGCCUUGAAUGAGCAUAUUGAUUUGAUCUGCUGUGUAGGGUCUAUAGAACCAUUUAGAUGUAUUAACUUUUCGAGUUUGUUAACGCAAAUUAGGAUCUAGGUUUUAGAUCUAUAGUUGUGUGAUUCUUUUCGCAAGUGGGAUGCAGUCGGCGUCUAGUGCUCGGCUGUUUGGUAACUUUAUAGCAAGAUGUCACCUGUUGCACUUUCAUAAAAGUCAUCGUCAACAAUGUUUUUGUUUACCCUGUACGGUAAAUGUAAACAAAUCAUUUACAACAUUUAACAGCAGUAACAAUGAUGGAAAAUACUUUCUGAACGAAGCAAAUCCAUCGAUAUCUAGAUCUAGCACCAGCAUUAGGCAGCAUGGAUCAUUUGUUAACGACGACUAUUUGGCUAAGAUGGGUCAGAACUUCGCAAGGACUAUUUAUGGCCACCCAGAAGCAGAUAGCUCCCAUGGACUUCUACACGAUAUUGACUUUCAUCUGUUUGACUAUCUGAGCGACGAUCAAGGGAAGUUAUCAAUAAGCAAGUUUUUACAGGCAUUGAAAAGUACUGGCUUGAGAGACACGGACCCGCGUUUAAAAGAAUGUAUGCAGAACUUGAAUAGCCUCCAAACCGAAAUCACAGACAUUGACUCCGUUCAGAACAUUUUUAUUGACAAAGAGACGUUUCGAGAAUGCAUAGCAGAAAAUAUUGUGUUAAUAGCCAAAGCCUUCAAGAACCAGUUCAUUAUACCAGAGUUUGUUCAGUUUACUCAAAGGAUUGAUGAAAUUUUCUGGAGAGCAAAGGCAAACACCCAUGGUCAGCUUGCCAGUUACAUCCCACAGCUGACUCGUUUCAACCCAGAGAGUUGGGGACUUGCUAUAUGUACAGUAGAUGGCCAGAGAUAUGCCCUUGGAGAUGCUCAUGAGCCUGUAUGUUUGCAAUCUGUGAGCAAGCCAUUGACCUAUGCUAUGGUGCUGGAUGAGCUUGGCCCUGCUGUGGUGCACCAAUAUGUCGGUCAGGAGCCCAGUGGAAAAGCUUUCAACACCAUUGGCUUAGAUCCAAUGAAUCGACCACACAAUCCCAUGGUGAAUGCUGGUGCAGUUGUGAUCUGCUCACUGCUCAAGCAAGGCAUGAACAUGGCCGACAAGUUUGAUUAUAAUCAACAAAGGCUGAAACUGCUGGCUGGGAAUGAGUUUGUUUCGUUCAACAACUCAAUCUUUCUCUCAGAGCGGCAAACAGCAGACAGAAACUUUGCCAUUGGCUAUUAUCUCAAGGAGAAACAGUGUUUUCCCAAAGGAACAAAUCUACAUGAGCUGUUAGACUUUUAUUUUCAGUUGUGUUCUGUGGAGAUGACUUGUGAUUCAGGGGCUGUUGUUGCUGCCACUCUGGCCAAUGGGGGCAUUUGUCCAAUCACUGGGGUCAAAGUACUGGAGCCCUACUGUAUCAGAGAUACCCUCAGCUUGAUGUUGUCCUGCGGCAUGUAUGAUUACUCUGGCCAGUUUGCAUUCAAGGUGGGUCUGCCAGGCAAAUCUGGAGUGUCAGGGGGUAUAAUGCUUGUGGUGCCUAAUGUGAUGGGAAUAUUUAUGUGGUCACCUCCAUUAGAUCACUAUGGAAACAGUUGUCGUGGUAUCCAAUUCUGUGAGGAUCUGGUGAAGACUUUCAAUUUUCACAAUUAUGACAACUUGAGACACACCCAGAAGAAGAUGGACCCACGUAUACUGCAAAUUGACACACAGACCAACCUGGUAGUCAGUUUGUUGUUUGCUGCUUAUAACGGAGAUGUCACGGCUAUAAGAAGGUGUGCAUUGAUGGGAAUGGACAUGAGUCAGGCAGAUUAUGAUGGCAGGACAGCACUUCACGUGUCUGCAGCCGAGGGACACCUGGCUGUGGUGAAGUUCCUGCUUGAGAAGUGCAACUGCUCGCCAACACUAAAAGACAGGUGGAAUUUCAUGCCCAUUGAUGAUGCCAAGAGAUUUAACAGACAAAACUGUGUGGAUGUGUUGCAGGCCUUCAUGCAAAAGGAGAAAGAAAAGCUCAUGAAUCUAGGUUCAGGGGAAGAUAAAUGAUGUCUUUCAGGGGAAGAUAAAUGAUGUCUUUCAUGGAGUGACCAUGUUGGUAAGAGAAAAACAGGCAGCUGCUGCUAUUUUGAGUAGUUUCAUUUGAUGAUGCUUCCAUUUUGAAAUGAGUAUUUGUUUUAAAGGAAACAAUCUCUUUUAUUGUUAUUUAACUAUAUUUUUAAUAUAGAUGUAUGUUUUUUUUCGUUUUUUUUAAAUGCUACUUUAAAUAGGAAAAUAAAUCUAAAAUCUCAUCCGAGUCUUAAGUUUCAGAGACAAUGAUCGGUAGUGAUCAUUGAUCACUUUCCACUGUGAUGUAGUUACAAAAAUUAUCAUUUAAAGUAAAUUAAACUGCAAUAAGAAGAGAGAGAAAUUAAACAUUUCUAAAUGGAUAUGUUUGCUGUUGAAAAUGUGUAAUAAUUAGCAUAGCAUUAUUUUGGGGCUUUCUUUUAUUUGUAAUAUAUAUUUUAAAUUUAAUUAACUGCACACUGCUAUUAAGUUAAUAAACUUCUUAAAGAUUUAUUUUAAUGAUUUAGUUUUCUUACUAUGUUUGAAGGACACUAUAAAGCCCAAUAGUGUUGUUGAAUAAAAUAAUGAACAAGGCUGUUUUAUGCUUGCACAAAGACUUACUACCAAUUUUUGAAGUCCUAUAAUUAUAAAAUUUAUAACAACUCCCCUUUCAGACCAAAUGGUCUAUAGGGCAGAUGAUAUAAAGAUCAUCUGUUUCUGAGGUACAUGGUAAAUGAGGGUGUUGUGUGGCCAACAUACCAACCAAUCAACCGCCUUUACUUUUCCCUAAGAAAGGUGAGGUACACUAGAUGGACUUAGAGAUGCCCAAAGAUCCUGAAAUUGAAAUUCCCAGUCUUCACCAGGAUUUGAGCCCUGGACCUUCGGUUCAGAAGCAGAGCACAACUCUUCCAAUUCCUAUAAUUAGUUCACACUUUCUUCAUAGUCAAAAGGUGGAAGGUCAAAAACAAAAUAAAAAAAUAUUUGAACCAUUUAUUUCAAACUGAAAUUUCACUGAUAGUAAAUAGGGUAAUGAGAUAAGUGGAUAGUGUGUAUUAAAUAAUACAAGUGUUGGGUUCUUAUAUUGGCCCUUUUUUUGUUUCCUCUUUAUUUUUUCAUGACAAAUAAAAUAUGAAUGUUUAAAAUUUUACUCUAUUAUUUGAACAUAUAGUAGGAAUAAAAAAUAUAUAUAUAUAUUUCUUGUUUCUCCAACGAAUGUCAAGUAUCCAUUAGGAAGGACAUGGUUGGCAGAGUGAUAUUGUGUAAAUCUUGAAUUAAAAAUGGAACUAAUGAUAAAUAGUUUACUAAAACAAUGAGAAACAAAACACAUCUUCUUUACCCACAACGUUGAUUUAUACAAAUUAUAUUCUGAGUUGUUGCAUUUUUUUUAAAACAUUUUUAAUUAAAUAAAUAACCAUGAUAUGCAAUUCCAUUUUUUUUUUUGACUUUUUUAAAAACAAUUUUUAAAAAUCAAAUGUCAUUAUUUUUUUAAAGUUGUCAAAUAUUGUUUUUUUUUUUUAAAUAUUCAUUUUUUAGUGUUGUUUGUUGUAGAAUUAAACAUGCGUUUUAAAAAUAUUUAUUGUGAUUUCAUCUGACAUUUUUAUUGCCAGAUUUUGAUCCAAAGAUCAACCAAAAUGUAUUAAAAAUCUCCACAGCAUGUUUGUAUAUUUAAAAGCAAAAAACCACAAUCUUUCAAAGACUCAAGUCAUUGUGUACAUAUAGUUAUGUUACUUUUUGCUUUAUAUAAUGGGUGAAAUACAUCCAGUGUGAUUAUACAGGUUUGUAUUAAAUGUUUUAUUAUUAUUUAGUUGUUGCUUUAUUAUUUGAUGUACUGAUGAAGUGAAUAAAUAUAAUGUCAGUUUGCAUAUCCGUUCUUUUUAAGUAUUGGAAUGUAUUUUGGCUAUAUGAAUAUGAAGUAUUAUUUAUUCCACCUAUUGAUUGUUAAUUAAAGUAUUGAAAAUAAUUUUAACAAAUAGUGUGUGUGUGUUUGAAAAGAAAUGUGAUUAUUUUAUUAAGUUUUCCCAUGACAUAAAAAAAAAUGCUCAAAUUAAAAUAAAAUUUUUCAAUUCAGGUCUGUAUUAAAUAUAAUGAAACAAUUAAUAAGCAAAAAGAAAAUAUUAUUAAUCAGUUGUGAAGAGACUCAUUGAGUUCAAGGGUGUUGAAUUACCAGCACUAAAAAAGAAACUGAUUAUACUCUUUCAAAUAAGAUGCACUUAUCUGUGAGCACAAGGUAGAUCCUUUGAAAGAUAGUUUGUACAUAGCUAUUGAAAGCAUUGUUUUGGUUAGAGUUAGAUUAAUUGUUUGUUUAUAUUAUCUAUGAGUCAUGUUGUUCAUGUAUGUUCUAUGCAAAGCUAUGAGAUGAUGAGAAUUACCUCAUGAGAUUUUAUAAACCAGACAUAAUGCUGGAGGCUAUACCAGCAGUUAGUCAUUAGUGUAUAUAAAUUAUGGUAGAUCAUUGGAUAGAUAGUUUGUACAUAACUUUGGAUAGUAUUGUUUGGGUUAGAAAUAGAUUGUUUGUUUAUAUAGAGUCAUGUCGUUCAUGUAUGUUCUAUGCAAAGCCAUGAGAUGAUGAGAAUUACCUCAUGAAAUUUUAUAAACCAGUUAAAAUGCUACAUACUAUACCAGCAGUUAGUCAUUGGUGUAAAUAAAUUAUGGUUCUGGCUUGAAAUUAUGAAAUAUUUUAACCGAUUUCAUAAAACUGUCCAAAACAUUUUACUAACUUUUAUAAAGAAAAAUUUCUUGUUUUUUUUUCACUUACAUGUAUCGGCUUAUAUAUUUGUAAUUUUUUUUAUCAGAUUAUGUUAUUGUUGUUUCCAAAUGUAGCAGUUGUGGUUUCAAAAUAUUUUUGGCUUGUCUUUUAUUGGCCAGUAGAAAGAAUAAUAGUAGCAAUAGAAGUCAAGUUUGUUCCUUUAAUGAAGUGGUCAGAAGUACCAAAUGUUAUUUUACUCAUACAGAAAACUUCCUUGUUGAUUCUUAAAUCCCAAGUUAAAUUAAUGUUCUGUUGUUGUUUUUUCAGCUGUUCUUCACUUUGAUACAGAGUGUUGCUUUAUGUUGGGUUGUUGUGGUAUUUGGGUCUUCCUUAGAUGAAUUAAAAUUAGGGUAUUGAAAAGAGGCUAUGAUUCUAUGAGUGACAGUUUCAUAAAGGUGUUUGUAAUGUCUACAGAGGUGCAGGUGUGUGGAAUUUAUUAUAGGUGAAAAUUUAAAAGUGCAUGUCCGGGUGGGAAAUUCAUAUUGUUCAGUUUGGAGUGGUCAUUUCAUAGUGAACAGCUCAGCUUGUGCUUCCUGAUGCCCAUUGGUUGAGCCUUGUUUUCUUUGUAGUUGAGAGUGUACUAAUUAACUUCUUCUGGGUUGUUCCAUGGAAAUCUCCACCUUUGAUAGUCUGACCACCUUUUCUUAUCCCAUUAUACCUAUGCGCCCAAAGAUCCAUAGUAGUUUAAAGAAAAUGAAAUGCAAACAGUUUGGACUAAGGUCUUUUCUGUAUUUCAUCUGAACAUCUUCUUUAAUGUAAAUUUUUUCUUGUAGAUUUACCUGUAAGUACAAAGUAGUUAGUGUCUUGUGUCUUAGUUCUUUACGUUUGUUCAAUACUUGUUGGUCAUUGAAUAUGAAUAUAUGUAAGCAAAUAUACUGUCCCAUGAUGCAAUACCAAGGUCAUGUCAAGGAAGUGUUAUUUCAUAUAGGUAACAUUAUUUACAAUAAUUAGAGUAACAUAUAGUCAACAACUGAGGUAUACAUUUAAAAAAAAUUCUGGCAUAUAGAUUCUAUAUAAUAAACUGUGUUAUUCUCUAUGAA